CUCACCACUCGCCGCCGCCGCCGCCGCCGCCGCCACCUCAACGACCAUGAAGAUCCUCAUCGUCGUCUGCACACUUGCUGUUGUGUGUGCCGCCGCCGUGCCGCAUAAACGGCUGGGUGUGCCGCUGACGGCCGAGGAUGACUGUAACCCAAACAUCGGUGCACUGAACUACUCCGCUGAUCCUAACCAUUGCCAGAUAUUCUACCAGUGCGACCACGGAUGGCCCAAGAUCAAGAUCUGUCCCGGGGAUACGGUGUGGACGCCGACAGAAGAGAGAUGCCUGGAUCCAUACGACGCAGAAAAUGUGAUCUGUGCCUACGUGCGGCCCGAGAGACCGAUCGUAAUCGGUGCAGACGGGGAGGAGAUCAUUCAAUUGUACGAGGCGUGUGAGUUUCAGUGUGAGAGUGGCGAGGAUUGCAUCGCUUACACGGGAGUAUGUGACGGCACACCGCACUGCACAGACGCAUCAGAUGAACUCGACUGCGCCGCACCAUGCGACGAGAAUAACUGCAGGCUUCCUAACUGCCGCUGCACGUCUGCCGACAUACCUGGCGGACUCACACCCAACGAGGUUCCACAGCUAGUGAUGCUCGCCUGGGACGAAGCUGUGAGAUUAGAAGACUACAACCACCUCUACCAACAGAUCUUCAAGAAGGUCGGAGCUGGCAGACGACAGAGGGAGCCACGCACGAACCCGGACGGCUGCCCCCUGGUGGGCACUUUCUUCACUAGCCAUCAGUUCACGGACUAUGCCGCUGUACAAAGUCUUUACUCAGAAGGCAACGAGUUUGCCACGCACUCCGUCAGUAAGCGACUGCCAGCAGCGUACUGGCGUGACUCGACCGUACGCACGUGGAGCGAAGAGAUACUCACCAACCGUCUGCUCCUCUCCACGCUCGGUCACGUGCCCGUCGCCGACAUCGUCGGCAUGCGCGCCCCCUACCUACAGACGGCAGGUGACGCCACCAUCGACAUGCUGGCAGAGCGCGGGUUCGUCUGGGAUUCUAGCUUCGCUACAGACGUGAACGACCCGCCACUGUGGCCGUACACCUUCACCUACCGUUCCACGGCAGGCUGCGCCGUCGCUCCCUGCCCCGUCCGCUCCCACCCAGACGUAUGGGAGAUCCCCCUGGUAGACUGGAUCGACACUAACGACACUCUGUGUGAGAACGUGGAUAGUUGUUACUUCCCUAACGACAAGGCGGAGGCGCUGGAGCUGCUGCGCACUAACUUUGCUCGUCACUACGAGACUAACCGAGCUCCGUUCCCGAUCAACCUUCGCGCACGCUGGUUCCUUAACGACGGACACCACAACCUAGAGGCACUGCAGGAGUUCCUGGACGAGCUAGCGGGACUGCGUGAUGUCUACUUCGUCACCUACAGUCAGGUCGUACAGUGGAUGAGAGCUCCCCGCCGCGCCUCCGAUAUGCCUGGCUUCUUCGACUGCCGCCAGACGGAGCAGCGAGAGCGACUCUGCGAGCGACCGAACCUGUGUGGAUAUUUCAACAUCACGUAUCAGCCCAACGACGAGGAACACCCGGGGGAGCGCUACUUCCAGACCUGCUCAGAUUGCCCCGAGACUUACCCUUGGGUGGAGCCACUCGAGCGCCUGUAAGACGGCCGCUAGGUGGCGUCCCGCCCCGACGACGCGCGGAGGAUGACCACUUGUUUUCCGCGAGUGAACGUCCGCCAUUUUGCGCGAAGAUUUUCGUUAAUUUAAUAUUUUAUUCGGUCACUUUUGCACCAGAGAGCUCUAUAACCGCUAACGCACUCCGCUAGGAAUGAAGGGGGCAAGCAGUGAGGGCGGCCUGCGCACAACACAUGUACAUACAACGGCUGUAGAAUCUUGCCAACGAUUCCGUAUAGAAAUUAGUAGAAUGUUCAAUAGAGGCAUCAGCCUCACGAUAUCACUCCCGUCUUGCUUUUAUCGAGGAAAUCAAUCUCGCGUGUGUACAAAAAAUGCGCCUAUAGUUCCUUUGCAGCGCGUUAUUUAUGCGAUAAGAUGUAGAUUAAGUAUAUACGUAUAAAUGUAAAUGACAGAUUGUGAAGUUAAACCCACUAAACGCGUAUUCCUGCAACAGAGCAUCUGCUGAUAACGUUAUAACUAUAGCCGUGUCCGUCCGGAUGGCUAUUUUACAGGGCGUUUUUGCAGGAAGCCUGCGUCGGCAUUACAUGGUUCGUUCAAAAGAUUUGCCAACCUGAUAGGAAGCAGUUUUAUGCCUCGUUAUUCUCUCAUCCAUGUCGAAAUGAUUCUGUAAAUACACCGUGAGCGUGUUUUAAUUGUGUAUUUUAGCUGUAAUGACUCGAUUCUAUUUCAGCCGCCCAUCUCUGCAGCGUUGAGUCACGCUCACGCGUUGUUAGUUUUAGAUUAAAAAACGCCGUAUUGUGGGAGGUUCGCCUGUGCUAAAAAACGCCGUAUUCAUAUGGCGGCACAAACAUGGCUGCCACAUGGCGGCACAAACAUGGCGGCCACGGGAUAGAAGCCCGAAUUCUCACUAACUGCACGAAGUAACGCUUAUAAUUGUAUGUAUGUACAUAAACAUUUGCUUCGACUUUAUG